ACACAAUCGACCUCCCAAAAUCUCCCAGCGAACAUUUACUUUCUCCACUCCAACGCGACAAACGACAAACUGCCACCGAUUGAUAUUUAUCCUCUCCUCCUUUCGAAAAUAUCAGUCGCCCAACAUGGCUCCUUCCAACCUCCCUCCCAUCUUCAAUGCGACAUCUCAAGAUAUUGAGAUGUUGCUGGCCGCCCAAUGUCAUCUCGGCUCCAAGAACUUGCAAGUCCACAUGGAUCCCUACCUGUGGAAGACUCGCCCUGAUGGAAUCAAUGUUAUCAACAUUGGAAAGACCUGGGAGAAAAUCGUCCUUGCUGCCCGCAUCAUCGCAGCCAUUGACAACCCAGCCGACGUUUGUGUGAUUUCCGCUCGUCCCUACGGCCAGCGCGCCGUCCUCAAGUUCGCCGCUCACACCGGUGCUGCUGCCAUUGCCGGUCGUUUCACCCCCGGUAACUUCACCAACUACAUCACGCGCUCCUUCAAGGAACCCCGCCUCAUCAUCGUUACCGAUCCUCGCACCGAUCACCAGGCCAUCAAGGAGGCCAGCUACGUCAACAUCCCUGUGAUCGCCCUCUGCGACACCGACUCCCCUACCGAGUUCGUCGACGUCGCCAUCCCCACCAACAACAAGGGUCGCCAUGCCAUCGGUCUGAUCUGGUGGAUGCUUGCCCGUGAGGUCCUGCGUCUGCGCGGCACCAUCGCCAGCCGCGAGACUGAGUGGGACGUCGUUGUCGACCUGUACUUCUACCGCGACCCUGAGGCCGAGGAGAACAAGGAAAUCGAGGAGGCUAAGGUUCCCGGUGCCGAGGAGGUCGGUGCCGCUGCUAUCGAGAGUGGACUGGUUGGUGACAGCUGGGAAGCUCAAGUCGCUCCUGCUUUUGCUGCCACUGGUGCCGCCGUGCCUGCUGGCGCUGCCCCGGGCUGGGAAGCUGAGGCUGCUGGUGAGUGGGCCGCCAGCUCCGGCGCUGCUGCUGGUGCUGCUGAAACCUGGGCUACCGAUACUGCUGCGCCAGAUGCGGGCGUCAAAUGGUAGAUGCGGGCCAUGUUGUUUGAUUCGCGCAAGUCUCCUGGAGCUAACGACGGAAGGUCGCCUUGAUUUUUUCUCAAUUAUUUUUUUUAAAUGGGCGAACCGAGAAAAAGAAAAAAGAUUUAUGAGAUUCCAUUCCAUUGUUCGCUCUCAGCCCUGCACGUCAAAAAAAUGAAGAAAACGUCUCUACAUCCCUUGACACCUCUUUUGUCUUGCUCUUAUUUCCUAUCCUUCACACAGCACAAUUAGAGGAAAGAGGAAACUGGAUUUAAAGCUUAUGAAAUCGUUUUCCACCCCGCCUAUGCAUGGUUUCCGUUCUGAUUUUGCGACCUGUUGCACAAUCUAUCAUAUCGGAGAAUUAUUGGUUGGGGGGGGGUGUUUUUCAAACACUGAAUAGAACAAAAAAAGAAAAGAAAACGAACGGAAAAACGUGGCGGAACAAAACAUUGACUGGCACUUAUGAGGGAAAGAUACCCGGAUUUUCAUGGACAUUUUUAUGAUAUCUGGGGGAAAGCCCUGUGCUGUCAAGAGAAAGGGACGUUACUUAAUCGUUGUCCCCUACUUUCGUUUUUCCUUUCUUUCUUCGUUUUUGCUUUUCUUAAUCAAAUAUUUUCCCCUCCGUCUUCUCGUUUUCUACUUUCUUUCCAGUUGUUUCAUGGCUGUUAACUAUGACGUACCUUAUGGAAAAGAACCAUUGCGUUGAACUUCUUCAUACUUUAUUAUAUUCGGUCGUAUAUCAGAAGCCUUUACUUCGUGCUGUAGGUUGUAACAGGUGAGAUCUUCAACCCAGCAAUUGUUCCCCCUCUAAGGGUCCUACUUCUACAGUGGACAGGGGAAGAGCGUCGGAGAAGAUGGAGCAAAGGACAUCCCUUUUUCUAAUUUCCUGGUAUUUCAUGUGAAUAUCAUUACAAUUAAUUUCAACCUCAGCUAUACAGACUACUGUCCGUCUCAUUUCCAUAGGGAUAAGAAGAUCUUUUACGCAUGUCUGUGAAUCCAUACAUCUGCACCACCAUUGUUUAGAGAGAAAUAACGCUGAAAAUCGGGUAAUUAAAUAGGGAACCCCCUGGUACCCGCGCAACAAUGAGAAUUUCGCCGGCCUUCAAGCACUAUAAACUAAUAUAACUUCAAAACAAUGAACAGUUUCCUCCUCACUUAAACGACACCAUAACCACGUUCGACUCGAAAUUGCCGGAUGUAGCACAGGCCAUAUUCACCGAAUCCGUCGCUAUCACAUCAUCGAGGCCAGCCGCCCACAAUGCCUGCCAUCUUCCCUUCGCGGAGAUCUUAUACUGGUGACCAGCACUGAAACCCAUCGGGCGUAACGUAACUUGAACUUCUUUCACGCCAUUGGCCGGUAUUUCAACUAGAUCCUCUGGGGUUGGGGGCAGUUUUCGAGAUAUCUUGGCGACUAAGGAGUCCACAGGUGUACCGCACUCGGCUUCACGGACUUCGAAGACUCCAAGCACGUUGGCUUGCGGGUCAAGUGGGGUGUUCCACUUUAAGAGAGUAACGGCUUGAUUUGGAUUGUUAUUGUGGACUGAAACUGUAAGCUCGAGAGGGUCCGCUGGGUUUAAGACUGAGUUCGUGCAGGGCAACCCGAUGGUGACGGAGAGACUUGUGGAAAGCUCGUCCAUGGCUCGCUUGGAGAAGGGGGCAGCCGUGUUGUCGAAGGGGAUUCGAGGCGACGUACCUAUUGCCGAUGAGAUUACGGCAAGGAUAAAUGCCAGCGCUGGAAUCAUGGUCAGGGUCUGAGUCUGGGAGGGAAAUCAAGAGUUAUGUGAAUGUUCAGAGAGCAAAAAUUUCCCUGGAGGACAUGCAAGGGAAUAUUGAACUAUUAGACGUUUGAAACGCAUCGUUCAAAACACAAAGAGAUGGCAGGGUGAUAUUUGCUUAGUUACAGAUUCUGAUCUGCUAUAGAUGGGCUGAGGGAAAGGGCACGCUUGUUCAUUGCCCAUGUAUGGGCCCUAGGCAGGUGCGAGUAUCAAAGAAUACACUUAAGUAGAAAGAAGAUAGGAGAGGAGGAAGAACGUUAGGGCAUUCGGGGAAUAUGAAAAACCCAACCAACUCAAAUAGAAGGAGAAGACAAAGAUGCAGCAGAACUAUGAGGUUAAAUUAACCCAUGGUCUCUGCAUCAUCAUGAUCUAGUCCAGAUGUCUCGGUAGAUCAAAACAAGACAACAAUACUACAUGAGAUGGAUCAUAAGAUCUGGGUGACACAAAGGGAAUAUGAUUUGGAUGAACUUUGAACUGGCUAGGCUGACGACUCAAUCAAAUCAAGGAGAAAAAUAAAAUGGAUGGCGAUUGAUUAUAUCACGUAAAUGACAGGAAGCAGCAGGCAUGGAAAAUGUUCAACAUACAUUUAUAACUUGAGAAGUGCGAACGGGAACGGGCACAAAACUUCGAUUUGGGAGGAAAUCAGUGAUUUGAGCAACUGAUACAAGGUCCAGAGGAACCGAGAUCUCGCAGCUGGGGCGAGAGAGGGGAAAAAAAAAAAAAAAAGAAUCUAAGCAGUGUACUAUAUUUUUGGCCUACCCGCUGUGCCUAGGUGUAACAUACACAAAAGUAUGCUGAACAGAGAAAGACAACGAAAUGCGAAAAACAGACCCAGACGCCCCUGGGAGGAAAUUACGUUUGACCAACUU